CAUUUUUCUACUCUCUUUAAAGUCACUUUCUUUUCUCUGUAUAUGACAAACACUUCUUCAAACAAUUCAACUGUUUUUGAUAUCAAAUUUGCAUUUGGAGCAUACAAGAAUAAGAAAAAGGUAGGAAAAGUGAACAACUAAUAGUUAAGGUGGAUUCUGGUAAAUGGUUGGUUAUAGUUCAAGUAGGAAAUCAAUACAACUGAUAAUUCAGGUGUAAAACUCGGAAAACCGGGAUACUUUAGGUCUCUGAUUGUACAUUAAGCAGCAUUGGUGUAAACAAUACUAGGGUCUAAUGGAUGCAAUGCUGAUGAAGGUAGCAUCAUGUUUGUUGCUUUUAUCGUUCAUUGCUUCCUUAUCGGGUGUUGAUGGCGCUACUGAAUGUAAUUGCGAUGAUGAUGAGGCAUUUUGGAGCAUCGAUAGUAUGUUAUUUGUCCAACGAACCAGUGAUUUAUUUAUUGCAUUGGCGUAUUUUUCUAUCCCACUGGAGAUCAUUUACUUCGUCAGUCGUUCCAACUUUCCAUUCAAAUGGGUGCUCAUUGAAUUCGGAGCAUUCAUUAUAUUCUGUGGUUUAACACAUUUUCUAAGUUUCAUGACUUAUUUGGGCCAACGCACAUUUCAUAUUUUGGUUGCCAUUCUUGUUUCCAAACUACUCACUGCACUGAUCUCCGUGCUCACUGCUGUAUCUCUCGUCAACCUUAUCCCGAUGCUACUUAAAGUGAAGCUAAGGGAAUUAAUGCUGAUACAAAAGAAUUGGGAUCUUGAUCAACAAGUUGGAAAAAUAAAGCAAAAAGAGGAAGUUGGAAAGCAUGUUCGGAUGCUUACACAAGAGAUCAGGAAGUCACUUGAUCGUCAUACAAUACUCUACACAACUCUUGUUGAGCUGUCGAAGAUAUUGAAUUUGCAGAAUUGUGUUAUAUGGAUGCCUGAUGAGAACAGAACGGAGAUGAGACUGACUCAUGAUCCUACAAGGGCGGAUGUUUCCAGUGUGUAUAAUAAUAUGCCCAUCCCAAUCAGUGAUCCCGAUGUAAAAGAGAUCAAGGCGAGUAAUGCUGUAAAGAUACUUGACGUGGGAUCCAAACUUGCUGCUGCAAGUAGUAGAAAGAGUUGCGACCCAGAAACCGUGGCUGCAAUCAGGAUACCAAUGCUGAAGGUCUCGAAUUUCCGAACUGGAACUCCUGAGAUUGUCCCUCGAUGUUAUGCUAUCCUCGUUCUGGUUCUACCUUGUGGAAGUGGUAGGUUUUGGAGUAACCAGGAAAUUGAGAUUGUCAAGGCUGCAGCCGAUCAAGUUGUUGUGGCUCUGUCCCAUGCUGCAAUGAUUGAAGAAUCUCAGAAUAUAAGUGAAAGAUUAUUGGAACAGAACCGAGCACUGCAGAAAGCGAAACAGGAUGCUCUAAGGGCAAGUGAUGCAAAGAGUGCAUUUCAGACAGUUAUGAGUAAUAGGCUGAGAAGACCGAUACACUCAAUUAUGUGUCUGAUCUCGGUCUUGCAGGAAGAGAAGUUAACAGAUGAGCAGAAGCUUCUUGUGGGUUCUAUGAUCAAAACCAGCCACGCUGUCUCCACCCUGAUGGAUGAUGUGAUAGAUAAUUCAACGAAGGCCGAUGUAAGAUUCCCAUUGGAAAUGAGGCAUUUCAAGCUACAUUCCUUGAUAAGAGAAGCUGCUUGUCUUGUCAAGUGUUUGUGUGCAGCGAAGGGUUACAAUAUUACCAUUGAAGUCGACAAAUCUUUGCCUAAUCAUGUUAUGGGUGAUGAAAGAAGAUUCUUUCAAGUUUUUCUUCAUAUAGUCGGAAAUCUUUUGAAUGGCACAAACGGAGGGCAUCUUACCUUCCGAGUCCUCCCAGCAAGUGAAGAUUAUGUAACCUGGAAAACGAGGAGAUCAAACUCAUCUAGUGACAGAGUGUAUACCAGGUUCGAAAUUUGCACAAGCGUUAGUCAGUCUCAGUCAGAGAUCGAACUGUGUACUCCAACGAGCUGCAGUGGGGACGUUGAGGAGGGUUUGAGAUUUUCCGUUUGCAGGAAGUUGGUUCAUUUGAUGCAAGGAGACAUUAUUGUAGAACCAAAUCCAGAAGGUUUUGACCAAAGCAUGGUUGUCAUUGUCGGGUUUCAAAGGCAACCAUCAAUUCCAGUAGGCAUGUCCGGAUAUGGGGAAUCUUCAGAUCCCACAUAUCCACAUCCUCUACUACAUGGUGUGAAAGUUCUGUUAGUUGACUAUGAUGACAUGAAUAGAGCCGUAACAAGGAAGAUGCUCGAGAAACUGGGAUGCAUCGUCUCUGUAGUUUCAUCUGGAUAUGAAUGCCUCGGUGCUGUUUGCUCUACUGCAUCCUUGUUUCAAAUUGUAGUUUUGGAUCUUCACCCGCCUCUUGUUGACGGCUUUGAAGUUACCAGGAGACUUCGCAAGCGUGGAAUGCAAGACUGGCCUUUGAUCAUCGGUUUAGUUGAAACUACUGAUGAAGAUGUCGGUCAAAAAUGCCUGCAGAUCGGAAUGAAUGGCAUCAUCCCUAAACCAGUGCUCUUACCAGGACUUGCCGAUGAGCUUCAGAAGGUUCUGCUUCAGGCGCGCAGAGUAAUGCCAUGAUAGUGAAGUUUUACAUACGAUAGACCAUAGUACUAAGGCAGGAAAUGUAUUAAGGUAUAAUGUAGAUGUAAAACCAUAGUAAGGUAGGAAGUCUUUUGAGGAACAAUGAUAGAUGUAAAACCAUAGUGAAGCAGGAAUCUUUGAAGGUACAAUGCUAGAUGUAAAAAUAGAAAACUGUAUCAUGGUAUAGAAACUUGUCAAACUUGUUACCUGGCUAA